AUGGGCCAAUUCGACUGGUUUCGAUCCAUCGGCGCGACGCCCCAGGCCGUUGCCGUCCUCAACGACCAGCCCAUCCUGGUCUACAUCCUCCUCGCCGUCCUCGUCACCCUGAUCGGCGAGGUCGUCCUCAUAUGGUUCAUCCACUACGCCACAAUGAAGCCCGAACAGAAGAAGAAGAAGGUCGACGACAAGAAGAAGCCGCCCGCUAGGAAAUAG